AUGGAACAAAAAUUUAAGUCUUUAAUAUAUAAUAAAAUUCCUACAUUUAUAUUUUUAACUUGGAUAUGUCAUUCUUACAUUUAUAUGAGUAGGCAAAGUAAAUCAUUGGUUGAAUGCUACAACCAACAUAGACGGUUAUACGCAAAAAAUUACCGUUUACUGGCAAUAUAUAAGCAAGAUAAGGAUUCAAGUAUUGUGUAUUUAAAAAAAGAGAUACCAAAUCGAGUAAACAAUAUAAAUGAUAUGUUUAAUAAUGAAAAAUAUUCCUCGGGAAAAACUGAACAAUUAAAUGGGAGUUCACAAGGAAAUAAAAGAAGACAUCAAAAAGAUAUGAAAAAUAAAUCUUGUAUAUUUGAAACUAAAAAAUAUUCCCAUUUAGAAAAAAAAAUCUUCAAAGAACUUGAUUAUGUAGAUUUUCUCAAAAACAACAAAACAAUUAGUGAUAAGAUUUACAAAAAAAUAAUGAUUAAAAAAUGCGGAUUACGAGUAGCCUUACCAAUAUUACUGUUUUUUGUAUUAGCGAUAUCGUUCAUAUUAGAUAAUUUUUGUGGAUGUGGGCUUACACAUGGUUUGAUUAAAUUAAUAAUUCUUAUUUCACCUGCCGUAUCUGCUACUCAACUUCAACAAUAUUCUUCAUAUCUUAAAGAAUUUAGAGAUCUUUCAAAAAUCUUUACAAAUGACACUUCUCCCGCUCUAGCAAUUUUGCAUAUGUGGUUGACGAAAUCACCUUUAAGCUGGUUCACAAAUUCUGUUAUAAAAACAAAAAAUAAUAUUAAAGCAAACUACUGUGUAACAGGUUUUUUUGGUUUCCUUAUAUAUUUUGUACCUGUUUUCUUACUAGGUAUCAUACUUAUAUCAAGAAUUGUUUAUUAUCAUAAAAAAGUUAAAAAAUAUGAAAAAAUUAAGUUCAGGAAAAGAUAA